AGACAUUUAAAAAUUUAAAUCGACCACUAACUGGGGUCGUUACAGUUAAACGAACCGGCCGAGUCAACUUACACGUCAUUGGUCGAUGGGAUGGAAGUUUGUUGUUUUCAUUCACGUUGUUGUUUCGUCGUAAUCUUCGUGUAUUUAUGUAAGUUUCAACAAUGAAGAUUGUGUUUAAGAAGAUUGUUAAUGAAGCAAAGUGUACGAAGCACCUGUACAGCGUCCAGGACAGACAUUUCAGGUGUAGAUAAAGAAGCUUGACCUGCCCAACACGUUUGACCUAUUAAAUAUGUCGAGUAUUAAGCGAGGAUGGAAGCUACAGGAGUUUCAAGCCCAUUCUUCGAACGUCACGUGCCUAGAUAUGGGAAGAAAGUCGGGGAGAGUUAUGGUCACGGGUGGAGAAGAUCGCAAGGUCAAUCUAUGGGCCGUCGGCAAACCCAAUUGCAUAAUGAGCUUGACCGGUCACACGACGUCCGUAGAAUGUGUCAAAUUCGGCCAGUUGGAAGACUUGGUGUGUGCCGGAUCCGCAUCCGGAACGUUAAAGAUAUGGGACCUGGAAGCUGCCAAAAUUGUCCGAACGUUAUCGGGUCACAAGGGAGGUAUCAAGUGCCUUGACUUUCAUCCCUAUGGUGAUUUUCUUGCAUCGGGUUCCUCCGACACCAACAUCAAGAUGUGGGACGUGAGGAAGAAAGGUUGCAUUAAUCACUACAAGGGUCACUGUAAAUCCGUAAACUCCCUCCAGUUUAGUCCGGAUGGCCGGUGGAUCGCGUCGGGAGGAGACGAUGGCAUGAUAAAGCUAUGGGAUCUUCCCGCGGGUAAGGUUCUAACAGAGUUUCAGGGCCAUUCAAAUGCAGUAACUGACGUAGAGUUUCAUCCAAAUGAGUUUCUACUAGCUACGGGUAGUGCGGACAGGACUGUGAAAUUUUGGGACUUGGAGAGUUUCCAAAUGGUAUCUUCGACAGACGGUGACUCAGGACCCGUCAGAUGUAUAUACUUUCAUCCCGACGGUGAAUGUCUCUUCAGCGGUGCUCACGAUCUUCUAAAAGUGUACGGUUGGGAACCAAACAGGACGUUCGACACAUUGGUGAUGGGGUGGGGAAAAGUCGCAGAUAUAACGAUAUCUCAAAAUCAGUUGAUUGCCGGCACGUUUAAUUCCAUUCACGUCUCUGUAUACGUCGUCGAUCUGAAGAGGGUGCAACCAUUUGCCGCCACGUGUAGUCAGUCUAACAUAAAAUACGUAGCCGAGCCUCCGUAUUCGGUUGGAAAUCCGAGGAAGAGUUUCGAGAAAGAGCCAUUGAAAGAUAAAUCUACCGGAAACAUUCAAAUGAAGAUAGGAGACGACCUGGAGAUGGCAAUAGAUGAUCUGAUGGAUGAUACGACGUCUUUUGCCGAUAUCAACAAUCAGAAAGAUUACAAUGCAAUUUUCCAUUCAAAAAGAGAAUUGUGUCGCACGCCUCCCAAGUCGGAUCCCUUUCCGGCACCGCUCGACGACCCACUAAAAAAUGCAAAUUCUAAAGCGAAAACAUUCAGAAGAUUAGAAUGCAGCCAGUCUCCAUUCCUUCCUCCAGUGGAAAUAGUGACAACGUCCUCCGAGAGAAAGACGUUUCCCACGCCGUCCACCGUCUCCGCGCUUGGCAUCACUUACGCCAGACCGGCGGAUCCGUUCCGGAGGCCCAGUCUCCCUUCAUCUUCUAACACAUCGCUACUUAAGCCCUUGGAGAAGAGCGUGAUGCUGCGGUACAAUUCCUGCACAGAGACCUCGGCUGUCUCAGUGGUGAGGCCGGUGCCGAUCAUACCGGCCGAGAAGGAUGUACAUCCUAAACAAGCCAUAGUCUUCCCAGAAUUACAGCAGAGGACAGAAAUCAACUACUUAGAUUUUGUACCAGACCAACGAGAACAUCCUUUUGGUUUAGAUUUAGAAGAGUUUUUACCCAGACACCUGCAAGACACACUGAGGCUCGGAGGAUCCAAUCAGCCGGAGAUGUCCGAGGCAGAAGCCAUGUCUUGCAUAAUCCGCGGUCACCAGCCCAUGAUAGCAGUCAUGUCCCAUCGACAUAAAAAUCUCCAGAUAAUCUUAGCGCAGUGGAACAUUAAAGAUAUGAAAAUAGCAUUGGAGUCCGCAGUCCAAAUGAAUAACCAGUCCAUAAUUGUAGAUAUAUUGAAUGUNAUGUCACCGUCCGUAUGGAACCUGGAUGCUUGCCAGAUCCUUCUACCUCCCAUUUAUGAUUUAUUGCAGAGCAAGUACGAGGCCUACAUGACGGUGGGGUGCAAUUCCCUAAAACUGAUCUUGAAAAAUUUCGCCUCUGUGAUAAAGAGCAACAUCAACGCACCCCCCGGAGUCGGCGUGGACAUCACCAGAGAAGAAAGGUAUAACAAGUGCAUGAGCUGUUAUAACCAAUUGCUGUCCAUCCGGUCGUUCCUGUUGAAGAGGCAAACCCUUCAGGGCAAAUUGGGACAAUCGUUCAGAGAACUCCAUAUCUUGAUGCAGUGUUUAGAAUGACACUGGGCCCUCUGUGAUAACACUAAUACGUCUGGAUUCGAUCGCGUUACGUCGCCCGACCGUCCAAUCAGCGUCGUCCGUCCACGGUUGCGUCUUCCACGCAUCGAGUGACACACAAGAAACACUAAUAAAAUCACGGACCGGACGGGAAAUUUCCCUUAAUUUAUUGAACUCGGUGACAAAUUUUUGCCUACACUUACUUGUCUUUUUUAUACGACCCUUUUUCAUCGUCGUGAAGAGAAAUAAAGCGUUUUUUUUAUAAUAUAUGUAAAUUGUCCCGCUUGUCUUC